AAACGUCAUUUUAAAGUUUACGUGUGUUGGGGUGGUUGUGUUAAAAUUAUUAAAAAUGCUUGUUUUUUAAUUAAAAACUUUAUUAAAUGAUUAAAACAUUCAUGAAGGACUAUAAUUAGAAAUAUAUAUUACUGCUUUUUGUGAAUUUUUCGUAAAUAACCACGCCGCUUAACUUGAUAAACAAGUGUUUUUGUAUUAUUUUAUUAGUGUGAUUUACUUUAAAGAUAAUGUCUGAAAACGUCUUGGUGAUUGGUAGCGGGGGUCGGGAACACGCGUUGUGCUGGAAACUCGCAGAAUCUCCUUUAGUGAAGAGAAUUUUUUGUGCCCCUGGUAGUGUCGGUAUAUCUUCUAUCAAAGAUAACGUAGAAAGUGUGAACCUUGGUGUUAAAGACUUUCCUGCCCUAGCAACAUGGUGCAAAAACAACUCAAUAGACCUAGUCGUCAUCGGCCCAGAAGACCCCCUCGCAAACGGCAUAGUAGACGCUUUGCAGGCGAAGGGCAUCAAAUGCUUUGGUCCUACCAAAGCCGGCGCGCAGAUUGAGGCCAACAAAGACUGGGCCAAGAAGUUCAUGCAGAAGUAUCAGAUCCCUACCGCGAGGUACAAGUCCUUCACUGAGGCUGAUGCUGCCAAGGAGUUCAUUAGAAGUGCCCCAUACCCAGCGCUAGUCGUCAAAGCGUCAGGCCUCGCGGCUGGUAAGGGCGUAGUGGUUGCCUCGUCGAAAGAGGAGGCCUGCCAAGCUGUUGACGAGAUCUUGACAGAGGCCAAGUAUGGCUCCGCCGGAGAAGUGGUCGUUAUCGAGGAGCUAUUGGAAGGUGAAGAGGUUUCGGUGCUCGCCUUCACCGAUGGCGAAACAGUAUCAAUGAUGCCCCCAGCACAGGAUCACAAGCGUAUCGGAGAUGGUGACACAGGCCCCAACACUGGCGGCAUGGGCGCGUACUGCCCCUGCCCACUUAUCACGCCGGAACAGCUGGCGGAUGUUAAAGACCAGGUGUUGCAGCGCGCUGUGGACGGGUUGAAAGCCGAGGGAAUCAAAUAUGUUGGUGUGUUAUACGCCGGGCUAAUGGUGACAAAAUCUGGCCCAAUGACCCUGGAGUUCAACUGCCGGUUUGGAGACCCUGAAACUCAAGUCCUGAUGAUGCUAUUGGAAACAGACCUCUAUCGCAUUAUGAAGGCAUGCGCGACCGGUACGCUGAAAGAGAUCCAAGUAAAGUGGAAUACUGGAAUGUCGGCCGUUGGUGUGGUCAUCGCGUCCAAGGGAUACCCUGAAACUUCGACCAAAGGCUGCGUUAUUAGUGGUCUGUCCCAAGUGAGCAAAGACGACGACAUAGUGGUGUUCCACAGCGGGAUAGCCCGCGGCGCCAACGACUCGCUCGUCACAGCGGGCGGCCGCGUGUUGCUCGUCGCCGCCAAACGCAGCUCGCUGCGGACCGCGGCUUCGGCCGCGACUAACGCCGCCGCGUCCAUCGACUUCCCUGGCGCUCAGUACAGGAAGGAUAUCGCUAGGAGAGCCUUUUCCAAAAUCAACGGUCUGUCCUACUUAGAGAGUGGGGUAGAUAUUGACGCGGCGGCUAACUUAAUACGUCUGAUUGAGCCUUUAGCCACCGGCACUCACAGGCGGGGCGUGUUGGGAAGGCUGGGCUGUUACAGUGGACUGUUCCAGCUGUCGGCUAUGGACUCCAGUCUGAAAGACCCCGUGUUGGUGCAGGGGACUGACGGCGUGGGGACUAAAGUUAAGAUAGCAGAAAUAAUGCAAAAGUACGACACAAUAGGCCAAGAUCUAGUCGCAAUGUGCGUGAACGACAUACUGUGCGCGGGCGCAGAGCCGUUCGCGUUCCUAGACUACAUGGCGUGCGGGAGACUGCAGCUCCCGGUGUCAGCGACUAUCGUGAAGGGCAUCGCCGAUGCGUGCAUACUGUCUGGCUGUGCUCUGUUGGGUGGUGAAACAGCGGAAAUGCCAACAAUGUACGACAUCGGCAAGUACGAUCUCGCGGGUUUCGCGGUCGGCGUGGUGGACAACCUCAAGCAACUGCCGCGCUCUAAGGAGAUACGCGGCGGAGAUGUGGUGCUGGCUUUACCGUCCACUGGCGUUCACAGUAACGGGUACAGUCUUGUACAGAAGAUUAUGACGGAAACUGGUCAUAGUUUCCACGAAAAAGCUCCAUUCAGCAAAACAAACAGAACUUUCGGUGAGGAAUUCCUCGAACCAACAGGGAUCUAUGUCAAAGCCUUACUCCCUGCAGUAAAGAAGGGACUUAUCAAAGGGUUGGCGCAUAUCACUGGGGGAGGACUAUUGGAAAACAUACCUAGGAUCUUACCUCCUGGUGUCAAAGUGAAAUUGGACGCUAGCAAGUUCAGCAUAAAGCCUUUAUUUGGAUGGCUACAGGCUAAAGGUCGCGUGUCCGAUUUCGAAAUGCUCCGCACCUUUAAUUGCGGCGUUGGAAUGGUGGUGAUUGUGGACCCGGUGUGUGUCAAGGAGUUGUUGGCCGUUGUGGAAGACACCAUCGCGGUCGUCGGAUCUGUUGAGGUUAUCGGGAAGGAGGGAGGCCAUCAAGUGGUAGUGGAAAACUUUAAGGAAGCAAUGGCACCUCUGGUAGCUCCAUACACGUCCAACGAAGGCAUCACUAAGAAAUCCCUCUCCUAUAAAGACAGUGGCGUUGACAUUGAGGCUGGAGACUCCUUGAUAUCUCUUAUCAAACCUUUGGCUAGGUCAACAUCUCGUUCGGGAGUGCUGGGUGGUUUGGGAGGAUUUGGCGGUUGCUUCCAAUUGAAAGCGAUUGAGCAAGAAUAUAAGGACCCAGUGUUAGUCCUUGCGGCGGACGGCGUGGGAACAAAACUCAAAAUAGCACAACGCAUAAACAAACACGACACGAUUGGUGUCGACUUAGUGGCCAUGUGCGUCAAUGACAUUCUGUGCAAUGGCGCCGCUCCGUUGACCUUCUUGGACUACUUCGCUUGCGGCUCGCUGGAUGUGAACGUCGCUAAGAAUGUGGUGGCGGGCGUUGCCGAAGGAUGCAAGCAGUCUUCCGCUGCGCUUAUUGGCGGCGAAACUGCAGAAAUGCCAGGCAUGUACGAGGCAGGCGCUUAUGACAUUGCUGGGUUCGCGCUGGGAGUCGUCGAACGAACGCAUAUACUGCCCAAGAUUAAUGACAUCACGGUUGGUGACAUAAUUAUCGGUCUGCCGUCAAACGGGGUGCACAGUAACGGCUUCAGUCUCAUCCACAGUCUGAUGAAGAAAGGGGGCCUCUCCCUCAAUGACAAGGCCCCUUUCAGCGAAGAGGGCCUCACUCUCGGCGAAGAACUAAUCAAACCAACCCGUAUUUACGUGAGAAGUGUUUUGCCGGCGCUGCAAAGGGGCGCUGUAAAGGCUGUCGCACACAUCACCGGCGGAGGCUUGCUCGAAAAUAUCCCUCGCGUCAUUCCGGAGAGCGUGCGUGCUAGGCUUAACGCGCAUUGGUGGAACGUGCAUCCCGUAUUCGCGUGGAUCGCCGACGCAGGAGCAGUCAAAGAUGACGAAAUGCUGCGAACUUUCAACUGCGGUAUUGGAAUGGUGCUUAUUGUGUCGCCCGAAAACCAAGCAGAGGUGAUGAACAUAACCCGGUCGCACGGCGCCAUGGUGAUCGGCACAGUGCAGGCGCGGCCGGCAGGCGGCGCUAGAGUGGUGGUGGACAACUUCGCCUCCGCCAUCGACUUUACCAGGCGAAUGCCGCUGCUCACCAUGAAGCGGGUGGCAGUACUAGUAUCGGGCAGCGGAAGCAACCUCCAAGCGCUAAUAGAUACGACUAGAGACUCGUCACAGUGCAUGUGCGCGGAAAUAGCCCUUGUGGUCAGCAACAAGAAGGACGCUUAUGCCUUGAAGCGCGCUGAGAAAGCUGGAAUACCGACGCUGGUAUUUAAUUACAAAGACUACGGAUCGCGGGAAGAGUUCGACCGCGCCAUAUCCGCCGCUCUGGAGACUCAUAAGAUAGACAUCGUGUGCCUCGCGGGGUACAUGAGGAUCCUCUCCGCGGAGUUUGUGCAGAAAUGGAAAGGGCGCCUGAUCAACAUCCAUCCGUCUCUACUACCGCGUCACCCGGGUCUGCACGCGCAGCGCCAGUGCCUAGAGGCUGGGGACCGAGAGUCUGGGUGCACCGUACAUUUUGUUGACGAGGGAAUGGACACAGGUCCCAUCAUCACGCAGGAGCGCGUGCCCGUUGUCAAGGACGACACGGAACAAUCACUCAGUGAGCGUAUAUUACAAGCCGAGCACCGUGCGUACCCGCGCGCGUUGCGGAACGUCGCCACCGGCCGCGUGCGACUCGGCUCCAGAGGAAACAUCAUGUGGCAUUCUUAGACCCACUAGGGCCAUGUUAAUCAUUCCCUCUCUCUUACACAUUAUACCUAUGUGAAAUGUGCGAGUGUGACGGAAUGAUCAGCGUCGGCUCCAGGGGGAACAUUAUGUGGCAUUCUUAGAUCCACUAUGACCAUGUUAAUCAUUCCCUUUCACUUACACAUUAUGCCUGUGUGAAAUGUGUGACAGACCAACACUAAACUUACACCAAUGACCCCAGCUAAUGACAUUUGUUAUACUCGUGCCAAUAAAACGAAUCGAAAUUGGUGUUAAUCAUUCCCUCUCUCUUACAAAGUAAACACAAGUAUACUGUGUGGGAAUGAUUAUCGACACAUUCGACUUGUUUCUUUAUUGGAAUGAAUAUACACACUGCACACGCUCUCGUACGCGCCAUCUCACUCCUACCUGACUGCCACAAGAUACUUUCUAUCCUAUCAAAUAAAUCAAUAAGUAAGCACAACCCCCAACCUAAAAUGGCAGUAAGCCGAUCACAAAAUAUAAUAAAAUCAACCACUUAUUAUUGGAGCCUUAACAAUUUAUUGACGUUUGAGUAUUCGGUUGUAAAACAAUUCCUUAUUAUUCAAUUAUUGUAUUAUAAUAUCAAAUGAUAUUUCUUACCAUAGACAAAUACAAGUUCGCUCACUGUAUGACAAUGAACCCAACCCAUAUAAUCGAAUAAAGCAUCUACGAACACCAUUAAGAUUCUUAUCUCAAUUAUUUUUAGUACAAAACGAUGAAUACUGAAUCAUCACAAAAAGCAAUAAACAUUAUAAAUAAAUGAAGUAAAUGAUUAUAAUUAAUUACUUUAUCUAUAUGAGACACUAUUUCCUGAUGUUAUAUAACCUGUCCAUAUUAAUCGAUAGUGCGAAAUAGUAUUUCGUAUCAACUAUUGUGUAAAUAAGACUUUAUGUUCCUUGUUUUUUGCAUUUAAUCCUUAAAAUCGAUAUUAUUAAGGCGGAAACAAAUUAUUGGAUGUAUCUUAUGGAUAAGUAUCAGAAUAAUACAUACUUAAUACAUACCUAACUGUGCAAACUAUUGGACAUAACCUUGUGCACCCGGGCGUCCGAGAGAUACCUAUAGAUUAGAAUAUAAUAGAUCUUUAUUCAAAUAAACUUUCUACAAGUGCUUUUGAAUCGUCAAAAUAAUCUACCACUGGUUCGAAAUGCCGUUCCUACUGAGAAGAGCCAGCAAGAAACUCGGCGGUUGCUCUUUUCAAUUUUUCAAUUGUUGUUCAAUUUACAAUAAUAUGCCAUACUGUACAUUGCUGGAGCGAGUCAAGUCCAUGCUUUUUUGUCAUUUACAUAAUCUUCGAUUGUAUAUGCUUUUUUUAGGAGCAUACUUUUGAUAGAUUUUUAAACAUGUGUAUAUCUCACAAGUCGCGUUUCAAUGGACUGUGUGGAUAAGUCGCGGCUGACGUUGACGACCCAUACUUUGUUUCCGCCUUUAUAGUUUUAGAAUAUUGUGAUAGUACAGGAUGUCUCGAAUAUUAGAUCUUAAGAUCGUUAUCCAUAUUAUCUGUAAGCUUAGUAUUUCAAGGUCAUUGGAAUUCGAGCGUCGAAACACUUCAGUGUUAAAGUAAAAUAAACCUUAAUCGCAUGGUUUUAAAACUCAAGUUUGGCUAUGCAUCUACAGCCAGCGCUCCAAGCGGAAACGUUGCAAAAUUAAAAUCGGUGGUACUGAAUUUUUGACUUUAAAUCAAGGUGCCAUAGGUUUAUUUUUCAUUGAUAUUAUUAUGUUUCAAUUCUUAAAUUUAUAAACAUUGGUGGGGUAUUACAUCUUUAUUUGAUGUCGAAACACGAUAACGUCAGAGUAAAAGGGAUUUUUUUAAAGGCACGAUUUUAAUUUCACAAAUUUUCCCUUGGAGCGCUGGCUAUAGAUGUUUAAACGAACUUGAGCUUUAAAACAAGACAGUUCCAGUCCAUUUUACUUAAACGCUGAAAUGUUUUAACGCUCGAAUUCUAUUAACGUUUGGUGUGAUACAAAAUCUCAUACUAAGCCCAUUGUGGAUAGUAUGGAAACGCCCUUAGAAUAAGAUUCUAAUGAGUCUUCCACAUCAAAGUGCCUUAAGAAGUUGCCUUUUUAUAUAAGCUCAAAAUGUAACUACUAACUAAGCAGAUCUAUUCCAUAUUUUUAAUGUUAUACAAACAUUGUUUUUUACAAAUAUUUUUCAUGUUGAAAUUGUUUUUAUACCUGUUUAAGGAAUAUUUUAAGGACAUAAGUGUAAUGUAAUGUUGAAUAAAAUAAAUAAAUAUUA